AUGGCCAAUCCCGUCGACCCUGCGCUGACCUCGUCCGUAUCCGCGUCACAACCCCCAGCCCCCGAGAUGCAACCAGCCGUCCAGCAACCACCGCAGGGCGCCUCAGCCUCCAAACCCGCCAAACAGCAACCCCCCAAGCAACCCGCCAAGGGCAAAGAUGGCGCCGCUGCAGCUCCCGCCGCCUCGGGUGACGGCGCCGCGCUCACCCCCGCCGAGUUGAAAAAGAAAGCCAAGGCCGAAAAGGCCGCCCGUCGGGCCCGCGAACGCGCAGAGAGAGAUACGACCGGUGGCGGUGCGCCGGGCGGUCCCGGUGGCCAGCAUGCUGCGUCGGCCAAGAAAGGCGCGUCUGGGCCGGGUGGUGCUGGUGGGAAAGAUUCUGCGGCCGCGGCGCAGCAGAAGGGACAGAAACAGCAGCCCCGUCGGGGUUCUGCGCAGGCGACCCCCCAGGUCGGCGCUGCGGAGCUGAAAAAGAAGCAGGAGGAGAAGAAUGUGUCGGUCUUUGGUCAUCUCUAUGGCCAGCAGCGGAGGACUACGAUUGCAGGAGCUGGAAAGGAAGUGCAUCCGGCGGUUUUGGCCCUGGGGUUGCAGAUGAGAGAUUAUGUGGUCUGUGGAAGUAGUGCGCGCUGUGUUGCGACAUUGUUGGCGUUCAAGAGGGUCAUCGAAGCUUAUACCACCCCCCUGGGUACCUCUCUCGCCCGCCACUUGACUACGCACCUGUCCCACCAGAUCACCUACCUCUCUACGUGCCGCCCGCUGUCCAUCAGUCAGGGUAACGCCAUUCGCGCCCUCAAACUCGCCAUCUCCUCCAUCGACCCGUCCGUCCCCGAAGCUACCGCUAAGUCAUCGCUGUGCGACUUUAUCGACAGCUUUAUCCGCGAGAAGAUCACUGUUGCCGACCAGGUGAUCGCCGGCAGCGCGGCACAAAAGAUCCAGGAUGGCGACGUGAUCGUGACGUUUGCGGGUAGCUCGAUCGUGAAGCAGACGCUGCUCACGGCGCACAAGCAGGGCAAGCAAUUCCGCGUGUCCAUCAUCGACUCGCGUCCGCUGUUCGAGGGCAAGAACCUGGCACGCACGCUCGCCAACGCCGGUCUGGACGUGCAAUACUCCCUUAUGAACGGUAUCAGCCACGCCAUCAAGGACGCCACGAAGGUGUUCCUGGGCGCCCACGCCAUGACGAGUAACGGACGGCUGUACUCGCGCGUCGGCACAGCGCUGGUCGCGAUGUCGGCUAAAGAGCGCGCCGGGGGUGUUGAAGUGCCAGUCAUUGUGUGCUGCGAGACGGUCAAAUUCACCGAUAGGGUCGCCCUGGACAGUAUCGUGGUCAACGAAAUUGCGGAUGCGGACGAGCUGGUCACCAUCGAGCCGGUGCAGCAACUGACCGGGUUGCCGGAUCCGGCAGCCCCGGCCCCAGCGGAGACCAAGAAGGGCGGCAAGGCGGCGGCCAGCGCGCCGGUGGAGUCCAGCACGGCAUCACAGAGCACGGCGUCGCCGCUGGAGGACUGGAAGGAGUCGGCGAAUCUACAGCUGCUGAACAUCAUGUACGAUGUGACGCCGGCAGAGUAUGUGGACAUGGUGGUGACGGAGAUGGGCAGUCUGCCGCCGAGUGCGGUGCCGAUUGUGCAUCGGAUGAGUACGAAUCUGUAG